AUCAACGAAGAAGAAGAGACCCGGAGCAGGAAGUGUAUGUUCGUCCGUCCCAUGUGUUGCUGUUCACUUUCUCAUUCAUUCUUCAGCAACAAUACACAUCGUGGUCUUUCUACUGCACACACGGGAAUCGAUUUUUAGGAUACGACAAAUUACAAUCUCUCCCAAAUACAACGAAGACGAAGGUGGUGUCGUCUGUGUAAGCAAAGAGUAACGCUAGCUAGCUGACGUGGAAACCGCGCUGAAGUUGUUUGCAAAAUCACAGUAAGUCAAGGGCGAUCUCUGGAUGAAAAGUGCUGUGGAUACUAGCAUGAUCAAGGAAAACCGGUGGAACAUACCCCCCAAUGCUCCAGCAUGCAUGGAGAAGCAUCUGUGCUCAGCGCAGUACAGAGCAGAUGGCACCCUGCUACUUGGUGCCUCCAGCCUCACUGGCAGGAGCUGGCAGGGAUCAGUGUGGCUCUACAGUGACCCUGAGCAGGCCCCCAAUGAGGGAUUCUGCAAAGCUGGUGUGCAGACUGAGGCUGGUGUCACAGAUGUCAAAUGGGUGUCGGAUAAAGGUGUUGUUGUUGCAUCAGACUCAGGUGCCUUGGAGCUCUGGGAACUGGCGGAGGAUGAACGCCUGCUUGUGAAUCGCUUCACUAAACAUGAGCAUGAUCACAUUGUCACUACAGUGAGCCCCAUACCUGGAGCGAGCAGUGCCAUCACUGGCAGCAUGGACUGCAGAAUUAAAGUCUGGGAUCUCAGUCAGGAGACAGUUGUCACUACCUACAGCGUUCACACACAGCCGAUCAGGUGUGUCGCCUGCAGUCCCACAGAUGAGUCUCUCUUCAUCUCCUGUGGCGAAGAUGGUCGUGUGCUGAUGUGGGACAGGAGGAAGCCAAACAAACCAGCAUCAAGAAUAGAUAUAGAGGCCCCCAUCUGCCCACCUACCACUGUAGCUUGGCACCCCCACCACAGAAGCACGGUUGCUUUUGGUGAUGAGCUGGGGAGAGUGACUGUGAAGGAUUUCCUCGGAACAGAGCCAGCGCAGGUGAAGAAUGUUCACAGCCGCAGAGUUAAUGGGCUCGCCUUCUCCACACAUAGUUCCCCCUUGCUAGCCAGCAUUAGUGAUGACUGCUCCCUUGCUGUUAUGAACUCCGAACUGCGUGAAAUACUGAGAGAUCGGCGACACCAGGACUUCGUCAAAGGUGUGUGCUGGCUCCAUGGAGGCUCUAACACCCUCACGACUGCAGGCUGGGAUCAUCUUGUGCUUCACCACACAGUUGGCUCAGCUGCUGGAGCUCCCAACUCCUCCUCUUAGACCCAACAGAUGUUCACACACCUUGGAAGAGCAUGAUUUAAAACUUAGUAAACUUGCCCCCUAUUUUUGAGGGGCGAGUCUAAAAACCUAAUAUGUUGGUGAGGACUAAUGGAUUUAAGUGUUCCACGGUCGUUCACUACUCCAGAUAUAUGCACUAUAUUUGGACUUUUGCUCUCCUCCUGUCCUGGCCUUGGUGCAUCACUGCUCUACUCUACGAUAUGGUCUCUCUCUCUCUCUCUCUCUCUCUCUCUCUCUCUCUCUCUCUCUCUCUCUCUCUCUCUCUCCACUUCUUUCAUACUGUAUAGCAUUUCCAUUCAUAUGUAAUUACAUUUGAGGCAACCCAUUUGUAUUGCAUAAUUUUACAUUAAAGGUAAAUUAAGGUUGUGAUAGCAAGAACCUUUUGACAUUUCUUUGUGUUUCCUUGAAUCUACUAUAUAUUGACAACUGCAAGACCAAAUGGGAAAAAAAUGGAGUUUGAAAGUUUUGGGCAUGAGAAGUAUUGUAGAUUGUGUUUACAAGGGUUAAUACUGAGGCCAUAUAAACCAUAUAAACCACUGCCAUGUACUUUACAUUGUCUCAUUGUCAAGGAGGCAGAUUCCAUUUACUCACUACUGGGUCAAAAGAGGGCAGUGUGUUACAUGUUCAUGUGUGACAAGAGUGGGCGGUAGGUUCAGAAGUUAACAAGAUUACUCUUGUGAUUUGCACAGUCAGUGGCAGGUAAGGCGUCACUGCUGGUCUGACAUUGAAGGCUGGACUUAAGCGUCAUAAUCAUUUUCACAUGGCACUAGCACAGAGUGUUAUGUGGCUAUUGAUGUAAAUGUUACCAUAAUAAUCUCUGUGGAUGUAUAGUGAUUCAAACAGCACUGAAAUAACUAAAACAUUUAACAGUGAGGCCCACCAUAGUGGAAGAUUGUUAUUCCACAGUAUUGCAUUUCCCAAGUUGCAUAUGUUUUAACAGUAAAAAUUGCCUUUUAGCUCAUGAUUAAAAUUUUUGGAGGCAAUUUAUUUGUCACCUGAUAUAAUACAGCACAACUAUUGUGCCAUUUGUUAAAAAAGUCCUGUCUCAAAUGCACACCCAAAUGUACAAUGUUGGCUUUACUUUUUAUCCUCUCGUUUUUACAUGAGGCUUUUGUCCUUGUGUCACCUGUCAAUUUCUGAUUUAGGGUUUGUCUCUAGGCAACUCAUGAAUUACUCUGGUAAGGACAAAAACACAUCAACAAUAAAGCAUU